AUGAAUUCUACAAAGUCAGAAAUACUUUUUGCAGGAUUCAAUCAAGAUUCAAGCAUGUUUUGUGUUGGUACUGACACUGGAUUUCGAGUGUGCAAUGCAUUAAACUCAACGGAGAAAUUUUAAAGAGAUUUGAAAGGAGGUAUUGGUCAUGUAGAAAUGCUAUACAGAAGCAACAUUUUGGCAUUGGUCGGAGGUGGUUUAUAGCCUAAAUAUCCCGAUAAUAAAGUGAUCAUAUGGGAUGAUCAUCUUAUAAAAUGCAUAGGUGAAAUGAGUUUCAGAACCAAGAUAAAGAAUGUUAAAUUAAAAAAUGAUAGAGUGGUUGUAGUUCUUGAGAAAAAGAUAUUUGUUUACAAUUUCACAGACUUGAAACUACUUGACUAAAUCGAAACAUGUCCAAAUCCAAGAGGAAUUUGCACUAUUAAUACAGAGGGUGAUCAUACCAUUUUGGCAACAUUGGAGAAAUCAGUCGGCAAGGUUUUUGUAAACAAUUAUGACGCUAACAAAGCUUAUUGUAUAGAGGCUCAUGUUUCUCCAAUUUCAUAUCUUCAAUUAAAUUCAACAGGCACCAAGUUGGCCACAUCUAGUGAAAAGGGCACUGUGAUUCGUAUCUAUGAUACAAAUACUGGGCAAAUUUCACAAGAACUUCGAAGAGGCAAUGAUUAUGCCACAAUAACAAGUUUAGCCUUUGAUUAUAGAUCAUAAUGGUUGGGUUGUGCAUCUGAUUAAGGAACUAUUCACAUCUUUGCAGUCAAUUAAGAUGGCUUAUAAUAAGAAUAAUAAAAUUAAAAUUAGAGUUCUCACAAUCCGAAGAGUAAAUUCGAAUUUCUAAAGGGUUUUAUUCCAAUUUUAGGAUCUGAAUGGAGUUUUGCUCAAUUUAGAGUGCUGGAUACUAAGUGCAAAGUGUCAUUUGUAUCAGAUGAACAUCAAUUGAUAGUAAUUUCAUAUGAGGGGAAGUACUACAAGGCAUAGUUUGAUCCUUAAAAAGGUGGAGAAUGCAUAAAAGUGGAAGAGAAAUACUUGAUUAGUGACAAAGUUUGA